AUGAGUGAACAGUACGGUCUUACUGAUCUUACAGAGCUAAUGGCCGGAAGAAUCCGUUUUCCGGCCACCCCACCAGCCUCCGAAUACUACCGGAAUCUGACACCACCACUACCACCACCACCGCAACUGUAUGAAACUGUCAUGCUGGGUUGUCAUAGUGGUGGGUCAUCUGAAUUUGGACUUCAAACCACUACUGCUUCAGCUUCUGUUACUGUUAGUGGGUCAGGAAUGGAGAGUUUCGACGACGGUGGACAAAGUCGAUGGCCUCGGCAAGAGACUCUAACGCUUCUGGAAAUCAGAUCUCGUCUUGAUCAUCAGUUCAAAGAAGCUAAUCACAAAGGACAUUUAUGGAAUGAAGUCUCUAGUGUCAGUGUCACAACGGAUCACCGCCAACGUUGCUUCGCCCGUCUAGGACCAAUUGAUUUUCCUCUAAUUUCCCAGCAAAUGGAUGAUCUUCCUCUGAUCAUUUGCUGGUGUUGUUCUUACAAACUGGCUAUCCUCUUGAAAGGCGCAGUAGCCAUACACUGGUUCUUAGUAAUGAGGGAGGAAUUUGGGUACCAGAGAAGUGGGAGAAAAUGUAAAGAGAAAUUUGAGAACUUGUACAAGUAUUAUAAGAAGACGAAGGAAGGUAAAGCUGGAAGACAAGAUGGAAAGAACUAUAGGUUCUUUCGCCAGCUUGAAGCCCUUUAUAGAGAAACAAGCAAACAAACUUCAAAUUCAGAGACACCCCUUCUCCAACAUAAUCUUCCUUACAAAAUUCCAAAUGACUUCAUGAUUAAUGAAGUAAACCAAGAAGCUUGGGAAGACCAGAGGCUCUGUGAGAGCCUUAACCCAUCCAACUCCAACCCAUUUGAAUUUGAAACUUCAUCAUCAGAAAAUAACGGCUGUGAUCGUUCGACCGUUGCAUAUAUGAUGAACGAGAAGACGAAAGGCAAUGAAAAUCACAGUUUGGGAACGGUUAGAAAGAGCUGGAAAGCAGAAGUGAAGGACUUAGUGGGCUCACAUAUGAGGAAACUAUCGGAAACACAAGAGGCUUGGAUGGAGAAGAUGUGGAGGAACAUCGAAGAAAAAGAAAAAGAGAGGACAAUUAAAGAGGAGGAAUGGAGGAGAGAAGAGGCAGCUAGGUUUGAUCAUGAAUAUGAAUUCUGGGCUAAUGACAGAGCUCGGUUUGAAGCCCGAAACAUUGCAUUAAUGGAAUCUCUGCAAAAAUUGGCCAAGGAAAAAAGGAAAUGGCGCUGCCAAAGGAGCUAA